AUGGCGGCGCGGAGAUCGGCGCAGGUUCAAGCGGCGGCCAACGCGUUCUUCCAGAAGGUUCUCAAAGACCAGAUGCCACAGUUCAUGGCGUCCUUCGUCAGGCAGUACACAGUGAAGGUCCCGAGUGGACCUGGCAGCAAGCAGAUGCAGGGCCAUGUGAAGUUGACUCGCGCUGGACACUGCCUGUGCCUCUGGAUGCUGGAUCCAGAGGCACAGGCAGUGAGCUCACUGAUGGACAUGGCGAUGGCCGAGUGCAAAGCAGUACAGCUAGUAGGAGCGUCGCUGACGGGGCCUCUGGAGAGGCAG